UUGAUCCUCAAAAUUGAACACACCUUGUAUAGAUGUCAUCUCAAGGGCAUUCAGGUUUCCUUAGCUUGGAUUCCAGGUCAUAGUGGCAUUAAGGGCAAUGAAACAGCUGAUCUGAUGGCUAAAAAUGCAAGUCGAAAUGGUUUGCCAUGUAAUUUAAUUUACUCUUCAGACAUAGUGUUAUUUGCAAAGAAGAAGUUAAGUAAUAAUUGGAACACAUUAUGGAAAGCCACUCAAAAUAUAAAAGGACGAUUGGGACGAAAACAAGUUGAAAUGGCAGCGUCAUUCUUACCAUCGGCAAUGGCUUUCGGUGGAACAGCAUUUGUUGGGCUCCUCUACUUUACUGACUGGAGAGUGUUCUGCGCUUACAUCCCCUUUUACCGUGGCAAGUUCAAGGAGUUAGAGCAGACUGAAUAA